AUCCGACUUCAUCGCGUGUGUGGCAGGUUGAGGGACACUGAGGAUCCUGGGGACAACGGGCAGGGGUCCAGGGGGCUCUCAGAGCGCAGCCAGGCCGUCGGGGCAGUCCUCAGCCUGCUUCUGGUGGCGCUCACCGGCUGCCUGCUGGGCCUCCUGCUGUAUAAGAAGGAAAGGAGGGAAACGGUGAUGAGCAAACUAACCAAUUGCUGUAGAAGAAGUUCAAACGUGUCCUACAAAUACUCAAAGGUGAGCAAGGAAGAAGAGGCAGAUGAGAAUGAAACGGAGUGGCUGAUGGAGGAGAUCCAGCUGCCAACUCCAAGGCCGGGGAAGGAAGGGCAGGAAAACGGCCACAUCACCACCAAGUCCGUGAAAGCCGAGGCCCUCAGCUCCCUGCGCGGGGACGAGCAGGACAGCGAGGACGAGGUUCUGACCAUCCCAGAGGUGAAAGUUCACUCGGGUAGGGGAGGCGGGGCAGAAAGCUCCCACCCAGCGAGAAACCCACAGGGGAAGGCGCUCGGUGAGCAGGCGGACGACCGGGCGGGGCUGGUGACGGGAGAGAGGGCGAGAAGAGGGAAGCCCAAGUCUGCACAGCAGAAGGCGGCGGCGUCCACUACGCUGGUGUCCUUCCAUGACGACAGCGACGAGGACCUCUUACACAUCUGACUCCGCGGUGCCUGCAGGACGUGGAGCCGGGACAGCCAAGCACCUCCAACCAAAUAAGACUUCAACUUGACGACGCUUCGAUAACUUUGCCUUUAACAAAAACUGUCUCAAAAGGGAAGAGUUUUUGUGCUGGAGCAGAGGGUGAGGGAGGUCAGGCCCUGCUCCUUCACGAGUGUUUACAGUCGCGGGAGUAAGGCGUGGCUCGGUCGGCCACAGGGCGGUGCCUCAUGCCCGGGGUUUUGCCCCAAGUCCUCAUUUGCAAGCUUAAGGCCAGACACAUCUCAGAACAGAGGGCUGCAUUUGAAACAAACCCUUGCUGCUUUAGGCCCUGUAGGGUAUCUGACCAUUAUAUUUUAGCAUUUUAUUCUCUCCCCCUAUUUAUUGACUUUGACAAUUACUCAGGUUUGAGAAAAAGGAAAAAAGAAAACAGCAACAGUUUCUUCCUGCCGGCAGGGGUGUCAUGUACCAGUUCAUCCAUUCUGAGAAGGGGAGGCUGUCAGUGUGCUGGGACGUCGCUGGUGGAAUUUCGAACUGGUGGUUACUGUGUCCCCUGAGUUGGAAUACUCAUUCUGUGUCUUUUCUCUUUUGCUUUCUCUUUCUUAAAGGACACACGCAUGUGCGCGCACACACACAUAUGUGCACAGGGUCCCCGAGUGCCUAGGUUUUGGAGGGUUCUCCUGUUCUAUGCCUUUAGUCAGGAACAGCUGCAGCUUUGCAAGACAUCUUCAACCCUAGGUGUACAGAGCACAUUCGUCAGUAUUUCUUUCACCGGCUGGUGAAUUCAAACAACGCACCCAAAGAUUGAUUUUUGUGUGUGUGAGAGUGGAGUUAGAUGUCAGAGAAAAUAACUUUUCUCCAGAUUUGGGGUAUAGGUCUCAUCUCUUCAGGUUCUCAUGAUGCCACCUUUACUGUGCUUAUUUUUUUAAGAAAAAAAAUGUUUAUCAACCAUUCGACCUAUAAGAAGCCUUAAUUUGCACAGUGUGACUUACGGAAAUUGCAUGAAAAAUGAUGGGCCCGAAUCUCGCCCCUGGCAUUGCACUUGGAUUCGUGCACGGAGAGAGGCUGGGGCGGCCGCUCAGUGUCGCGGGAGGGAAGGACAGGGCAGGCCGUGCUGGUGUCCUCCCACGGGCCGUCCACUCCCUUCUAAAAGUGUUUAAUGAGUGACUUUUCUCACAUUAUGGAAUUGUAUAUAGACUCGAUGGUAUUCAUAUACUGAAAAGCAAACUGCCCUACAGAAUCCCUUGGUUUGUACCAGUUUGGCUGGCUUAUUUGAUUUCAACAUGAGUGUAUUUUUUAAAAUUGAUUUUUCUCUUCAUUUUUUUUUCAAUCAACUUUACUGUAAUAUAAAUUAUUCAACAAUUUCAAUAAAAGAUAAAUUAUUAA